AUGGUUAUAUCAUGGCUGAUUAGUUCAUUAUCUCCUGAUAUAGCUGAAAGCGUCCAACAUUCUAAAACAUCUGAAAGUAUUUGGAAACAAUUAAAUAGUAGAUAUGGGAGUGUAAAUGGGACCAAAGUGUUUAAAUUAAAGAGAGAACUUACUUCUACUUACCAAGGUUCUCUAGACAUUGCCUCAUAUUUUAACAAACUUAAGAAGAUAUGGGAUGAACCGGGGAUAAUGUGCAGCAGCCAUGCAAACUCCUGCAUUUGUGCAGCUAAAGAGGAUCUUCAAAAGGAGAAAGAAGAGGACAAAGUCCACCAAUUUCUUAUGGGCCUGAAUGAGGUAUAUGUGGGUGUUAGAAGCAAUUUGCUAAUGAUGCAACCAUUACCAUCUCUGGAUAAUGUCUACAAUAUCCUUCUCCAAGAUGAAAAACAGAGGAAAAUUAAUCCAACUCUUCUAUUUGUCUGUGAAUCAGCCUCUUUUAAUGUCAAUUCUGGUGCAAACAAACCUGUUCAGCCUCUUCCACCUGUAAUAAAGCUGCUAUGA